AAGCCUCCACUCACGGUCGCCAUUAUUCUCCCUGGCUUGACGGACGGGAAAAGGACGAUUAUUUUAUUUUUACGAGACAUUUUAAAGUGAACAUCACACCUUAAGCUUUAUAUGUAGCCGUUUUAUUAUUUACUGUGGUUUUGCAACGAAGAUCGUGGGCGCAUAAUGGAGAGGCGGUCCGAGGGUCUGGGUGUCGGAGGGUCUCUACCCUUGUCCUCCCUCCAGCUCAUGGCUUCCCCUCUGCAGCUGACGUACUCCUACAUGUGGCAGGUCGUCCGGCAGAGGAAUGUGAAGCAGUACCGGAAGGUGGAGGAGUUUGUCACCGUGGUGACGCAGACUGUCCCGGAACUUUUGAGCUUCAAGCAGACCGCCCAGCUCGUGUUGGGGUUGCGAGCCAGGAUCAUUUUGGAUUUGCUCCAAGGGGACGACCAACCAGAUACCCGUGCUAUUCAGACUCUAAUCAACAAACUGAAGAUCGCUACACCUGCAGGGGAUACAGAAGUGGAGAAAUGUCAGACAAACUUCAUGGUGCUGGUCCAGAAUCUGCUGAAAAGCCCCACAGAGAGGAAGCAGUUCUUUAAGGAAGUGUUCCCGGUUCAAUAUGGCACGAAGUUCGACACGGCGUUGCAGACGCUCACCGCCGGUCUGGUCUGCAAGCUGGAGCAACUUCUUCCUGUUCCCAAUCUCUCCCAGCUGAGCGCCAUGAUCUCAUCAGAGGCCGCGGUGCUGGAAGCGUGUGCAGGCUUCAUCCCUGAAGGUGCCGACCUAAAGAACCUCCUCCUGUACCAGCAGUCCAAGGGUCUCCUUUGUGGGAAAGCAACCAUCUCAUCUUCAGUAGGCGACUGUGUCCUCUCCUCCCUCGCCUUCCGACCCAAACCCGUCGAACCACCGCCUCCAAAGUCGCCCGUGGUGAUCCCUCCGCCCGUGAGCCUGCCCCCGCUUGCUGACCACGACGACCCGGGCGCCAUGUCGGACGACUCUGACAGUGCCCCUGUUGAUAAAGCAGCAGAUAGUGGGUCUGCGGUGGCCACCGAGGAGCAUGUGGUCCAGGAGAAGAGCGCCACGCAAGAGUCGCCUGCCGCCACCACGCCAGAGGCACCACCGGCAGAAGCAGCGAAACGAACCCCCCUGAAAUCCAUUCCCUUUAGGGUGGUUCCGGUGCCCAUCAAAACGGUCCCAGCCUCGCCGAGUACCACCGCGACAAAAGACGGCCAAAAGACGCAGAGAGUCACCCUGCAUCAGUGGGUGUCACAGAUCGCCACCAACACCAUCUCCCUCCCAGCCCUGCCGCCGCUCCCCCUGGACAGACUGAGCGAUGACGACUACAGCAGGCCCAGCAUCAGAAGGAAGAAGCAGAUCAGGCCUCCGGCCGACAGGUUCCACUGCAGCAUGUGCGACAAGAGCUUCCCCUACCAGUCCAAGCUCAUGGACCACGAGCGCAUUCACACGGGCGAGAAACCCUUCAUGUGCACGUCAUGCAGCAAGAGCUUCCGCACACAGGCCUUCCUCAACAACCACCUGAAGACGCACAGCACGACGCGGCCGUACGCCUGCGGCCAGUGCGGCAAAUGUUUCGCCAAGCUGCAGAGCCUGACCAAGCACAUGCUGGCCCACAGCGGCCAGAAGCCCUUCUACUGCGACAUCUGCAACAAGGGCUUCACGCAGUCUACCUAUUUCAAGAGGCACAUGGAGUGCCACACCAGCCAGAUGACCUUCCCCUGCAAGCACUGCAACAAGAGCUUCCCCACCGCCUUCAAGCUCACCAACCACGAGCGCUGGCACACCAGAGAUCGCCCGCACAUGUGCGAGCGCUGCGGGAAGCGCUUCCUGGUGCCCAGCCUGCUGAAGAGACACAUGGGCUACCACAUCGGGGACCGCCAGUACCUGUGCUCGCAGUGCGGGAAGACCUUCGUCUACUUGUCCGACCUGAAGAGGCACCAGCAGGACCACAUCCCCAAAGCCAAGAUCCCCUGCCCGGUGUGCCAGAAGAAGUUCUCCAGCAAGUACUGUCUGAGGGUCCACCUGAGGAUCCACACCCGAGAGAGACCGUACCGCUGCUCCAUAUGCGAGAAGAGCUUCACACAAGUCGGGAACCUGAAGGUCCACAUCCGCCUGCACACCAACGAGCGCCCCUUCAGCUGCGACGUGUGCGGCAAGACGUACAAGCUGGCGUCCCACCUCAACGUCCACAAAAGGACACACUCGUGCAAGAAGCCCUGGACCUGCGACACGUGCGGGAAGGGCUUCUCGGUCCCGGGCGUCCUGAAGAACCACGAGCAGGUGCACCUGAGGGAGGCCGACCCAGACUUCACUAGUAAACGCAGACACAGGGGCAAGCAGAAGAAACACUCCCUCAAGCGCAAGUAUGACGAGGAAGAGGAGGAGGGCAUUGAUGAAUACUAAACAGAAAGGAAUCCAGACUCUUUUAAUCGCACUUGUUAAAAAAAAAAAAAGUUACUCUUUGCUUCUUAAUGCCGCUUCUCGCUUCUUUUCUUUUCUAGCAACAUUACUUUUAAAUGCAUUUAAGGAACAGAACAGUAAAACUAUGUGACUAAGGUGACUAAUCAUUUUCAUUUGUACAAAAAGUGAUUAAAAAAAAAAAUUGUAACUGUAAACAUUUUCCCCCCAAUAUUUUCUUUAUUCGGUGCAUGUGACAGUGAGAUGCCCACACUUUGCAGCGUUAUGGAUUUUGCAGCACAUCUUUUGCUUUAGAAAUGUAGUUUAGUGGAAGCUGUACUCUUAGUAUUUUCAUUUGUGCUAAUCAUGAUAGAGUUUAACGUUAUACAACCAAGUGGUGAGUCCUCUGUACGCCUUUCAGUCUU